AUGUUAGUAAUAUUAUGUUUUCCAACAAUAAUAUUUGUAAUAUUUGAUUUAAUUAAUGGUGAUUUAAAUUAUUUAACUCAUCUUAUUGUUGGUUCUGUAACAGCAAUAUGUUUAAUUUUAAUUGAUUUAUUAACUAUUUUAGCUACAAAUAAAAUUAAAAAAAAUCUUCUCAAACAUCCUAAUCAUCCUGGUACUCAAAUACAUCCAACUCAGAAUUAA